CUCUGGUCAGGAUGUAAUACUCACAACCUCAAUUUGUCUGCAGGCUCUGUGAGCCAGAAUGGCCUUCACGCAGUGUGGAAGAUCACAAGUGAAGCCAUUGAUGAGCUGCAUCGAUCUCUUGAGUCUUGUCCUGGGGAGACCGCCAUGGCAGAGGAUCCAGCUGGGCUGAAGGUCUCUUUGCUGCCGCACCAGAAGCAGGCAUUAGCCUGGCUGCUAUGGCGGGAAAGCCAGAAGCCACGAGGAGGAAUUUUGGCUGAUGAUAUGGGGUUAGGAAAAACCCUGACAAUGAUUGCACUCAUCCUGACCCAAAAGAAUCAAAAGAAAAGCGAAGAAAAGGACGAAACCAUGGCUUUGACUUGGCUUUCCAAAAAUGACUCCUCUGAGUUCACUUCUCGUGGAACACUAAUCAUCUGUCCUGCCUCUCUGAUCCAUCAUUGGAAAAAUGAGGUGGAGAAACAUGUGAGCCACAACAGAUUAAGAGUCUGUCUGUAUCAUGGGCCAAACCGGAAUCAACAUGCAAAAGUCCUCUCCACAUAUGACAUCGUGAUCACCACCUACAGCCUCCUGGCCAAGGAGAUCCCCACAGCGAAACAAGACAAACAGAUCCUGGGUGCAAACCCCAGUGUGGAGGGUACGUCAUCACCUUUGCUUCAAGUAGUGUGGGCUCGAAUCAUAUUGGAUGAAGCUCACAACGUUAAGAAUCCCCGGGUGCAGACUUCCAUGGCCGUGUGUAAGCUCCAGGCCCAAGCCCGGUGGGCUGUCACUGGAACACCGAUUCAGAACAACUUGUUGGACAUGUAUUCACUGUUGAAAUUUCUCCGUUGUUCUCCAUUUGAUGAGUUUAAGCUGUGGAAGAGUCAAGUAGACAAUGGCUCAAAGAAAGGAGGAGAACGGUUAAAUAUCUUAACCAGGACCCUUUUGCUGAGGAGAACAAAGGACCAGCUGGACUCCGCCGGCAAGCCCUUGGUGGUGCUGCCCCAGCGUAAAUUUCAGUUGCACCAUUUAAAACUCUCUGAAGACGAAGAGACUGUCUAUAGUGUCCUUUUUGCAAGAUCGAGGUUGGCUCUGCAGUACUAUCUAAAAAGACAUGAAAGUGGGAGCAACCAAUCUGGAAGAAGCCCUGACAAUCCAUUCAAUAGAGUGGCCCAGGAGUUUGGAUCCCACGGGCCUGGGCCCUCCUCGGCAGCCAGCUGGGCGACCUCCAGCACCGUCCACAUCCUGUCACAGCUGCUGCGGCUCCGCCAAUGCUGCUGCCACCUCUCUCUGCUGAAGUCGGCCCUGGAUCCGACGGAGCUGAAGAGUGAAGGUCUGGCCCUCUCCCUGGAGGAGCAGCUCAGUGCCUUGACCUUGUCCGAAUUUCACGACUCAGAGCCGUCUGCCUCCGUUUCCCUUAAUGGCAAAUGCUUCAAGGUGGAGCUUUUUGAUGACAAGAGAGAGAGCACCAAGAUUUCAUCCCUGUUGGCAGAAUUGGAGGCAGUCCGAAGAAAUUCAGGGUCCCAAAAGAGUGUCAUUGUCUCUCAGUGGACCAGCAUGCUGAAGGUUAUAGCCUUGCAUCUUAAGAGAUGUGGAUUUACUUAUGCCACCAUCGAUGGCUCUGUCAACCCCAAGCAGAGAAUGGACUUGGUAGAGGCAUUUAACAGCCCCAGGGGCCCUCAGGUUAUGCUAAUUUCUCUCUUGGCUGGAGGUGUCGGUCUAAACCUGACUGGAGGAAAUCAUCUUUUUCUUCUGGACAUGCACUGGAAUCCAUCGCUUGAAGAUCAAGCUUGUGACCGAAUCUACCGAGUAGGGCAGCAGAAAGAUGUCAUCAUACACAAAUUUAUUUGUGAGGGAACAGUGGAAGAGAAGAUCUUACAACUGCAAGAAAAAAAGAAAGAUUUAGCCAAACAGAUUCUAUCAGGAUCUGGAGAAUUUGUCACCAAGCUCUCCUUGGCUGACCUCAAAGUCCUUUUUGGCAUCUAACUUCCUGUUUUUCGGGCUCAGAAUAGUGCCACUGUUGGUUUGUACUAGGAUCUGGAGGGAACGACUUAACCCUGGUCCUUUGAGCUCUCCUUGGCUUUCAGUUUCACCUUCAAGCCUGAUGCCCUUCUCCAAGCGAGGAUGAAUUAUCAUGUUAACCAGCUAGGUAACCAGUCAUGUUAACCAAUCAGCGUAUUAAAUAAAACCAAUAAAGUGCUUCAGAUAAACAGC